ACCCCUUUCCUCACAGACAAUGCAUUCAAUUCGCACCGUGGAGAUUCAAGUCGCCGAGAUCCAAGAAACGUUUUUCGCGCCCCAGUUCAGCCUAGAGCCAAGCGGGAGCCUUGGGGGCGGCGGGACCCGGCGGGGAGCCAGGCCCGGGCUGCGUUCCGUGCAGCCAUUGGCGGGCGCCGCGCGCUGCACUGAGCAUGUUCGCGCCCCGCCGGCCCCGCCGGGUCGCAGCCGCAUCCGCAGCAGCAGUGACGGAGGCGGCGGGAGCCACGGCGCAUUAUGCAGAGCGGCGGCAGAUGCGAGCGGGGUCAGCUGGUCGAGCCUCAGCUUCUCACAGCAGCUCACCCGGCUGCCUGACUUUCCCAAGAAAGUCCCCCGGCCAGGACUCGGGACUGAGGAGGACCGGCAUGGCCUGAGUGCCCGAGGCGGGGAGGCGCAGCACUGGGGUUGCACCAUGGGGAACCAGGAUGGGAAGCUGAAGAGGAGCGCAGGUGAAGCGGCGCACGAAGGCGGCGGCGCCGAGGAUGCUGUGGGGCCCAGGGAUGUGGAGGCCACAAAGAAGGGGAGCGGGGGCAAGAAGGCGCUGGGUAAGCACGGCAAGGGGGGAGGGGGCGGCGGCGGGGAGCUGGGCAGGAAGAAGAGCAAGUCCGACUCCAGAGCCUCGGUAUUCUCCAACCUGCGGAUCAGAAAGAACCUGUCCAAAGGAAAGGGCGCCGGCGGAUCCCGAGAGGAUGUACUGGACUCGCAGGCCCUGCAAACCGGGGAGCUGGACAGCGCUCACUCGCUGGUCCCCAAGACUCCUGACCUCAGCCUCUCGGCAGACGAGACUGGCUUAUCGGAUACGGAAUGUGCAGACCCUUUUGAGGCACAUCGACCAGGGGGUCCUGGGCCUGCUGCCCAGGCUGCUGCUGCUGCUGCGGCGGCGGUUGGGGCUGUCGCCGAAGAUUUGGAACCCGUGGCGGGGGCGCAGGAUGGACAAAGGACCAGUUCGGGCUCGGACACGGACAUCUACAGCUUUCACUCGGCCACAGAGCAAGAGGAUUUGCUCUCGGACAUUCAGCAGGCUAUCCGUCUGCAGCAACAGCAGCAGCUCCAGCAGCUGCUCCAGGGUUCCGAGGCGUCUGCAGCGCCCCCCACUGAAACGCGCCCUCAGCCAGGGGCCUUCCUGGGCCUCGAGCAGUUCCUCCUGGGGCCGAGCAGUGGACCUGGGGAGGCCCCGGCUAGUCCGGACACGGAGCAGGCGCUGUCCGCACUUUCGGAUCUGCCCGAGAACCUGACUGUCAAGCAUGUGGUGCCGGAGCAGGCGCCGUCUCCAGGCGCCCCUUUGGCCUCGGAGGCGCCCAGCCUCCCCGUGGUUCAGCCUGAGGCCACGGACUCAGCCUCCUCCACUGCCUUUUCGUUUCCCAAGAGCAGGCCAGGGGAGGGCACAACAGAAACCCUGGUGCGAGGGACUGGGGACACUGAUGAGGAAGCCGAAGAAGAGGCUUUUGAGGAUGCUCCCAGAGGCUCUCCAGGGGAGGAGUGGGCCCCAGAGAUGGAAGAGGCCCGGGAGAAAUCGGUGAUUGAGCCCGACGAGCUGGCGGGAGAGCCCGAAGCCCCUGCAGCUGCCUCCCUGCCCAGCAGCCCCGCGCCCAGCCCGCGCUGCUUCAAGCCCUAUCCGCUCAUUAACCCCUGCUACAUCAAGACCACCACCCGGCAGCUCAGCUCGCCCAAUCACUCCCCGUCUCAGUCUCCCGACCAGAGCCCCAGGAUCAAGAGGCGGCUGGAAUCCUCCCUGAGCCGGGGACCCAGAACUACCUUGGCCUCGGCAGCCGCUCCUGCCAAGAAGCACCGGGCGGAUAGCGGCCUCGUGGGUGGCCUCAGCCGUUCUGCUGACUGGACAGAAGAAGUGGGCACCCGCACGCCCCGGGCAGGGGGCUCUGCACACCUGCUGGAGCGCAAGGUAGCCCCUGAAGGCGGGGAUAGAGUGGCACCAGUGCUGGCCGCCAAGGCACCUGGGUCAGCUACAGCUGCUGAUGGCUUCCAGAAUGUGUUCACAGGAAGGACUCUUUUGGAGAAGCUGUUCAGCCAGCAGGAGAACGGGCCUCCAGAAGAAGCAGAGAAGUUUUGUUCACGGAUCAUUGCCAUGGGUCUGCUACUUCCUUUUAGUGACUGCUUCAGGGAACCGUGUAAUCAGAAUGCCCAAUCAAGCUCAGCUCCGUUUGAUCAAGAUCAACUUUACACCUGGGCUGCAGUUAGUCAACCCACACACUCGCUGGAUUACUCAGAGGGGCAGUUUCCCAGGCGAGUCCCGUCAGCAUGGCCACCAUCCAAACCUCCUGAUGAAGAGCGCAGGCCCAAGGAGUCUGAACCAGAAUUUCAGUCUGCUGUUUUGGAAACUCUGAACAAGUGUCCAGAUGCUGCCCAGCAGGAGGUCCUCGACACGAGGUUUGAGGGACAGGCCAAUGUCAUUCAGCAACUGGAACAGACCAUUGAGGACCUAAGGACCAAAAUAGCUGAACUGGAGAAGCAGUACCCCGCUGUGGACGUGGAAUUGACCAGAGGCCGUCGAGGGGUCGAGAAUGGAUUGGCACCCUCAGAAGGUGUCUGUCUUGAAGCACUCAGGUUAGGAGAAGAGGAUAUACAGCCUCAAAGGAUUUUACAAGCAAAAUCAAUACAGACAUCCCCUACAGAAGAGGGUGGGGUCCUCAUACCAGCUUCUGGGAAUGCUUUGCCUGAAGGGCCUCCAGGCCCAGCUGGGGCUGAAAGCGGGGCAUCAGCUCUCUCGUCUUCAACUCCUGGAUUACAGACCAAGUUCUGUUCAGAGAUUUCUUUGAUUGUGUCUCCAAGGAGAAUAUCAGUACAACUUGAUGCCCAUCAGCCCACACAAAGUGUGUCACAGUCUCUGUGCCCUUCAUCCCUUCUGCCAUCCAAUGGUCAUGGACAGCCUGCGUCUCAGCUGCCAUGUGCUUCCCUUCAUACUGACUUGGAAGACAGUCAUGAACACUCUGGUUUUGUAAACAGCUGUACCAUCCCACACUCACCACUUCUGCCUUGCACAGAGUCGCCCAGCUCCAUGCCUGCCCUGGGCAUGGCCAUGCCUCCACAUCCCCCUUCCCUUGGCAUGACAGUGCCUGUUCUGCCCAGUACAGCCAUCCCCCCACCUCCUCCUCUGCUAGAUACAGAAAUGCAACUACACCCUCCCCCUUUUGUAUCUGAUGAAAUAGUAUCCCUUCCUCCACCUCUACCAGGUGUAGGAAUACCUCCCGCCCCCCCUCUACCAGGUGUGGGGAUACCUCCCGCCCCUCCUCUACCUGGUGUGGGGAUACCUCCAGCCCCCCCUCUACCUGGUGUGGGAAUUCCCCCUUCUCCCCCUUUACCUGGUGUGGGAAUUCCCCCUGCUCCCCCUCUACCGGAUAGGGGGAUACCUCCCGCCCCUCCUCUACCUGGUGUGGGAAUUCCUCCUGCCCCUCCUCUACCUGGUGUGGGAAUUCCCUCUGCUCCCCCUCUACCGGGUGGAGGGAUACCUCCCGCCCCCCCUCUACCUGGUGUGGGAAUUCCCCCUGCCCCUCCUCUACCUGGUGUGGGAAUUCCCUCUGCUCCCCCUCUACCGGGUGGAGGGAUACCUCCCGCCCCCCCUCUACCUGGUGUGGGAAUUCCCCCUGCCCCUCCUCUACCUGGUGUGGGAAUUCCCUCUGCUCCCCCUCUACCGGGUGGAGGGAUACCUCCCGCCCCCCCUCUACCUGGUGUGGGAAUUCCCCCUGCUCCCCCUUUACCUGGUACCGGGAUACCUCCUGCUCUAGCUCCUCCUCCUCCUGGGACAGGAAUCCCUCCACCUCCUCCACCCCCUCUUCUUCCUGGUUCAGGCCCUUCACUCACCCCACAAGUUGGGAGUAGCACUUUACCAACACCGCAAGUGUGUGGAUUUCUUCCUCCUCCAUUGCCAACUGGCCUAUUUGGAUUAGGGAUGAAUCAAGACAAAGGGAGUAGGAAGCAGCCAAUAGAACCUUGUCGGCCAAUGAAGCCUCUUUAUUGGACGAGAAUUCAACUGCAUAGUAAAAGAGAUUCUAGUCCUUCACUUAUUUGGGAAAAAAUUGAAGAGCCAUCCAUAGAUUGUCAUGAAUUUGAGGAGUUAUUUUCUAAAACUGCUGUAAAGGAGAGAAAGAAGCCUAUUUCUGACACCAUCUCAAAGACAAAGGCUAAACAAGUCGUCAAGUUACUGAGCAACAAACGAUCACAAGCAGUUGGAAUAUUGAUGUCUAGCCUUCAUUUAGAUAUGAAAGACAUACAACAUGCUGUUGUUAACUUGGACAACUCUGUGGUUGACCUGGAGACCCUUCAAGCUCUCUAUGAGAAUAGAGCUCAGUCAGAUGAACUGGAAAAAAUUGAAAAGCAUGGCCGAUCUUCCAAAGACAAGGAAAAUGCCAAAUCCCUGGACAAACCGGAACAGUUCCUUUAUGAACUGUCACUAAUCCCCAACUUCUCAGAGCGAGUAUUUUGCAUCCUGUUCCAGUCGACAUUUUCAGAAAGCAUUUGCACAAUUCGUCGCAAACUGGAAUUACUGCAGAAAUUGUGUGAGACAUUAAAAAGCGGCCCCGGGGUCAUGCAGGUUCUGGGUUUGGUUCUUGCCUUUGGCAACUACAUGAAUGGUGGAAAUAAGACUCGGGGUCAGGCAGAUGGUUUUGGAUUGGACAUUCUCCCGAAGCUGAAAGAUGUCAAGAGCAGUGACAACAGCAGAAGUCUUUUAUCAUACAUUGUUUCAUUUUAUCUUCGAAAUUUUGAUGAGGAUGCUGGAAAGGAACAGUGUGUCUUCCCAUUGCCAGAACCCCAGGAUCUUUUUCAGGCCUCACAAAUGAAGUUUGAAGAUUUUCAGAAAGAUCUGCGGAAACUUAAGAAAGACUUAAAAGCCUGUGAGGUGGAAGCGGGCAAGGUGUACCAGGUCUCCUCAGCAGAGCACAUGCAGCCUUUCAAAGAAAACAUGGAGCAGUUUAUCAUUCAAGCUAAAAUUGACCAAGAGACAGAGGAGAAUUCACUGACAACGACACAUAAAUGUUUCUUGGAGACCACAGCCUAUUUCUUCAUGAAACCAAAAAUUGGAGAGAAGGAGGUGUCCCCAAAUGUUUUCUUCAGUAUCUGGCAUGAAUUCAGUUCUGACUUUAAAGACUUUUGGAAGAAAGAGAACAAACUUAUUCUACAAGAAAGAGUAAAAGAAGCUGAAGAGGUGUGUAGGCAGAAAAAAGGAAAAUCUCUUUAUAAAAUAAAACCAAGACAUGACUCCGGAAUUAAAGCAAAGAUAAGCAUGAAAACCUAAACAGUGAAAAGCAGAAUAAGUCAUUGCCACAACUUUCACAAAACCCAGCUGACCUGAGGGUGGAAAGGAAACUACAUCCAUGCAAAUCAUUUUCUUCUGGACCUCUUGUGUAAUUUUUGUGUUUUCUAGACUGUUUACUGAUUAUUGAAUUUUGCUGUAUCUUCACAUAAAAAUGCAAAAGUGGUAGACCAGUGGAGAAUUUGACUGACAUCUUUCUUUUUUAAAAGUUUAUAGUGUUCUACUAGUAGACCAAAACAGCAUGUAGUAAGAGGCAGUAUCUGCGCCAGUUCUGAACAUGCAAAACAUUAGUCUAAAAUUUACUUUUGUGAAACUAUUCCUUGUCAAAGAAAAAAAAACUUUCCUAUUCUACUGACAACCAAUGCUCCUACUUCAUGGUAUUUAGAUUUCUGGGUAAAAUGUUAUUUCUGGUGAGUUGUUUGUAUCAGUUUCAAGUCACAUAUAAAUUUUUCUAUUUUAAAUUCAAGCACUGUUUCUGUGUCAUGGCCAAUGCUUUUCCAACUCUUGGGUUGCUCCCAAUAAAUAUUUAUUUGCAGAAGAAUAUUAUCUUUUUUUUAAACUCCAACAGGUAAUGAAGAGAAUACAUAGCAAAACAAAAUAUUUUCUUCUAAUUGAAUAGGAAAGAAUAAGAAUUGUAAGCUUAUUGAGUAUUUUUAGCAGAAUAUGUCUACUGAGAUCCUAUGAUGAGGUAAUCUAUAACAGAGCUCAUUAAACUAAAGAUGUGCCUCUAUAAUUUUUACCACAAUACUUCACAUUAGAAAAUUUACCUAAUAUUUUGAAGGAUAAACAUGAAUAUAGCUCAUAAAAUUGCCCAACAUGACUAAUAAUCAGUGGGGAGGAGGGAUAGAUAUUGAAUUUUUGGAUGAAUUGGCAUCUAUCUAGAAUUCAUUAAAUAAUUACCUGCCUGAGAUUUUUGACAUGAUUGGGACUGUCUUUGUGUGUCAUAGCAGAUGAUUAAUGAGAAAAUGAUGAUUCAUUAUCUAAAGGGGUCUAGGAAAAUAUUUGGUUUUGUUUUCUCAUACUCUUUCUGGGGGUAAUUUAAAUUCAGUUCAUAAUGAGUUAUGGUGAUUUUUGUCUAACAUUACUGUUUGUUUUUUAAAAAUUAUGAUUAAUGAUGUUUGUUGUGAGUAAUGGUUGUGAAUAAAGGGGAGAGCUUAUUGCUGUUGCAAAGCAUUAUGGAAAACAAUGUAAGAAACAAUGUUUUAAAUCACAGCUAUGUUUGUACUUAUGUAAAGUAUAUAGUCUCUUUUAGUUUGUAGUAUAAGUGCAAAGAAACAGUAGUGGAUUUUUUUUUUCGGUUGUUGAUUUGUAGUCUUCCUGUCCCUUUGGUCCCUCCAAGGUGUAGAUUUCCAUCCUUCAA